UGAUAUUUUGAAAUUUGUCUGUUUUCAAGAAUAUUCUGAUUCACCUUCACUACUGAGUAGUCUUCUAGAAUAUUCUUGAACUGCUAGAACUGUCCAGAAUUUUCUAGAACUUUCUAGAAUGUUCUUGGACUGUCCAAUAGUAGUCAUACAAGUAUAAAAGCACAGGUGACUUGAACCAACAUUUCAGUUUGUUAUUGCUGAGUAAGAGGAUAACAAAUCAUAGUUAAACAGCAAUUAUUUGUCUUAGAUGGCAUCAAGAGGUUGUUUGCACCCAGCAGAUGCAUUUUGCUAUGUGUGUGGACAAUUUAUAAAGACAAGAGCGAGAAAGUAUUCUGUGAAAGCAUGUCGUAAGAUGUGCGAGGCCUACAAGGCAUACUUCGGCAUGCCUGUUGGGGAUCAAGACAAGUCCUGGGCACCUCAUUUCACAUGUGAAUAUUGCAAGAAAACUCUGGAAGGUUGGUACAGGGGAGAAAAGAGAGCCAUGAAGUUUGCCAUCCCACGAAUUUGGCGGCAACCGACUGACCACUCAAGCAACUGCUACUUCUGCAUAGUGGAUCCUACCAAACGUCGCACUGGCAAGAAUGCACCAAAAAUCAUUUAUCCAGACCUUCCUUCUUCCAUUGCCCCAGUACCACACUGCCCUGAGCUGCCUGUUCCUUCUGCCCCGAAGAGGGAUCAGCCACCUUCAGAAGACAGCAGCAAGUCAGACAGCGAGGAAGAUAUCAGAGAUCCAGAUUAUGGUUUCACAGAUGCGGUUGAGGAGAGAAGGCCAUACUUCCCUAACCAGAAAGACGUCAACGAUCUGAUCAGAGACCUUGGUCUUACCAAGUCCAAUGCUGAGCUUCUAAUAUCCAGGCUCAAGCAGUGGAACUUGUUGGAUGAAAGCGUGCAAGUCACACAUCAGAGAAAGCGUCACCAAACAACCAACUCGAAUGUGACAAGUUCACCAAGCUGCUGAACAGGAUGGAGAAAAAGGCUUGGAACAGUUUUGUUGCAAUUGUUCAGGGCUUCCUGGGUAAUCACAAGGCUGAAAACUAUGCAGUUGGUUCAGUCUCUCAAAGAAUUAUGGGAUGCAGAAUGUCCCUCAAAGUCCAUAUCCUUGACGCUGAUCUUGACAAAUUCAAGGAGAACAGGGGAGCUUACUCAGAGGAGCAAGGCAAGUGCUUUCAUCAAGA